AAUACCUAUCUACUGCCAAACGGGGAUAAGGGAACUCCGGAUAGUGGAUGCGCCACCCGCCAUAGGAAAACCGCGGCUCGGGCUCUCCCGUUUAAUAUUACCAAGUACCGUAUUAUUAUUUGACAAUCCCCUCCCUCCAACCCCAAGGGGGUUCCUCUGAACGUCCUUCAUCCCACCUUUCGACAUUCGUUACUAUUUUCGCCCAUCCCGUCGUGGUCUCUUGUCGGCUCGGGCUCGCCAUCAUGAACCUGAUCGCGUGGUUGAUGCUGUCUGUCGUCGGCUUGGCCAAUGGCCUCGCCGACACGGACACCAUCACCUGGGGAGGCGACAACUCCCGUGCUGGUUAUCAGACGAACCACAACUUGGACCCAGCCAUCGUUCGGAGCUCCCAGUUCGAUCGUCUUUUCGUCACCGAGCUUCCCGGCCGCUACGGCGGUUCUCCCGAGCAGAUCUUCUCUCAGCCACUCGUUUACACCCCUGAUGAUACACAGUUUGUUUAUCUUGCGACCACCCAAAAUAAUAUUUACAAGCUCGACGCUCUGACCGGCGAAAUCAUCGCCUCGCGAAACCUCCACAUUCCUUUCUUGACCCAAGAUCUCAGCGGAUGUCUCGACAUCAACCCACACAUCGGUAUCGUCGGUACCGGCGUCAUCGACCCCGAAACCGAUACCUGGUAUUUCCUCGCAAAAACCUACGAGGACCAAACCCAACUCAACGUCGCCCAGGGACGUCCCGCCGGCCGUCAUUACUUCCAUGCCAUCGACGUCAACGACCUCAGCGAGCGCCCCAACUUCCCCGUUCCUCUCGAAGGCAUCACUGCCAGGAACAACCCUCUACGCUCUUUCAAUGGCGGUAUCCACCUCCAACGCCCCGCCCUGCUCCACGUCGGCGACUGGAUCUACGCCGGCCUCGGCUCCCACUGCGUUCAGUACAACUUCACCGGUUGGAUCAUGGGCUGGCACAAGGAAACCGGCGAGCUGGUCGAGCACUUCGCCACCCAGGGCGACGGCGUUCUCGACGAAGGCGCCGGCAUUUGGAUGGCCGGCGGCGGCCUGGCCUACGACGGCGCCGGCUCCAUCUUCUUCGCGACCGGAAACGGCUAUGCUUCGCAGCUGCACGACAUCCCCGUGAACGGCCGCAACCCUCCGACCGCCCUGGAACAGGCCGUCGUGCACAUGACCGUCCAGGAUGACGGAAGCCUGGACCUUGUUGAUUUCUUCAUGCCGCACGAGAAGCGGCAGCUGGACGGCGCCGACCAGGACGUGGGCUCUAGCCCCUUGCAAAUCCUCCCGGACGAGUUUUCUUGCGGCGACAUCAGGCGCAUCGGUGUCGUUACCGGAAAGAGCGGGAAGACCUGGUGGGUCAAUCUCGACCAUCUCGGCGGCUAUCGCAAUGGAGGCGUCGGCUUGGACGACGUUAUUCAGAUCUACCAGCACGAGAACUCGGUCUACGCCGGUGCCGGCGUCUACCCCGGAGAGGGAGGCUAUCUGUACAUCAAUGGUAUGUCAAGGAUUCGCAUUCACGGCAUUCGAUGCAAAAAAGAAAAGAAAAAAAAAGAAACAAAAGAACAAAAGAAAAAAACAAAAAGAAAAAGAAAAAGAAUCGCUCCAGUAACCACACCUUUUUUUGCUCACCUCACUUGUGCCACAGUCGUCCAGUACCCGACCGUCGUCUUCCGCUUCUCUUGCAACAACGGCGUGCCUUCUUUCACCAAGGUUGCCGAAGCCCCCGAAUCCAACUCGUACACUCUCGGUGUCAGCCACGGCACCGUCACUUCGCUCAAUGGCCAGCCUGGCACCGGCCUUCUCUGGCUCACCGAUGUGCAGAACCCUCCCGGCCAGCUGCGAAUCUAUGAUGCCGUGCCGAAUGAUGGUGAGCUCACCCUGGUGAGGAAGUGGGAGAUCGGCGCUACCACCAAGUUCACCCGUGCCGUCUUUGGCGACGGCAUCAUGUACAUGGGCGGCACCACCGGCCGCUUCCACGCUUUCGGUGCGCCUGUCAAGUCGCCUCUGAACUGCACGACGCCCUACGACUUUGGCACCGUCGGCAUCGAAAUCACCGGUGAAACCCACACACUCUCUUGCGUCGCUUUAAUCGAUGUCGAGGUCAACGCCAUUACGCUGAGCGACGACACCGAUUACAGCGUCUCGGACCUCCCCGCCCUUCCCCUGACGCUGUCCGAGGGCGAAUCCUUCCAGCUCAGCGCCGCUUUCGCGCCCACCGAGAUUGGCCUCCUGUCUACCGACAUCGCUGUCGAGACCGAUAACAGCGUCGACGGCUUCAGGACUACCACCUCCAUCAGGCUGUCCGGCACUGGUGAGAGCGAAAGUCCGAGCUUGUCCAUCAGCUCCCGAACCAUCAGGUUCGAGAACGUCAUUGCCGGCAACGCCUCGGUGGCGCCCAACAACCUCGUCUUCCGCAACCAGGGGAACUCCCCACUGACCGUGACCGAGAUCCAAUAUGCCGAUUCCAUCAACGGCACCUUCCAGACCUUGGACCCGACGAGCGGCGAUCUGACCAUUGGGCCCUUCACCAUCACCGAUCUGCCCUCGACCAUCGCCGGCAACUCGGGCUCCACCGUCUACGUCCACUUUGAUCCUGCCAACCCCGGUAACUACAGCGGCCACGUCAAGAUCUCUUCCGACGGAGGCGACGGCGAGUUCACCAUUUCCGGAUGGGCCGGCCCUGCCCCCGUCGCCGUUAUCGAGUUCCAGACCGUAGACGCAUCCGGCUGGGUCCCUUACGUGACGGGCCAGAACUUCACUUUCGGCAACGUCACGGAGAACAGCUUGAGGAGCCUGCGCAUGCGCCUGACCAACGCCGCUCCCGAGGGCGGCAUUCGCCUCAUGGUCUCCGUCUCCAAGCCUCCCUUUGGCGCCUCCGGCAUCAUCCGCGCGAAUAACCAGGUCGACUUGGGCGAGGGCACGGCUAUCGCCCCCGGCCAGAGCGCCUCGGCCGUCCUCUACUGUGCCGUCCCCAAGAGGCAGUGGAACAUGGAACCCUACGACGGCCACGCGACGUGGUCCAUGAACACGAACGACCCCAAUUUCAACUACCACGUCAUUGACUUUGCCUGCAACGCUGUUUCGCAGCAGGCGCCUCCGCUCCUCGCCAACGGCCUGGGCCGCUACCAGUAUGUCGGCUGCUACAAGGAGAACAACCCCGGCCGCCAGCUUGCUACCCAGCUCUACGGCGACGACCAGAACACGGUGGCCAUGUGCAUUGACGCUUGCGCGCAGGCGGGCCAUACCUACUGCGGUAUGCAGUACCACCGUGAAUGCUGGGCCGGUCCCACGAUCCCCACGGAGCGGGUUGCCGAUGUCCACUGCAACUACGACUGCUCGGGUGACAUCAACCAAAUCUGCGGAGGUAACGGUGUUAACGAACUCUCUGGCGGCUCCUUCAUCUCCCUCUUCGCCGAUACUCUCGACGACGAUGGCGAGGGAACGAUCCCGGAAGUCCCCGAGCCGACUGACCCUACUGACCCUACGGACCCGACCGAUCCCGAGCCCACCGAUCCCAAUGACCCGCCCGGACCCGAAGUCAACCCUGGUGUGAACGGCUACGUCAGCAUCGGCUGCCACACCGAGCCUCCUGGCGCCCGAGCACUGCCCUACUUCCACAUCACGGAAGCGCAGACCGUGGCCAUGUGCAUUGCGGCCUGCUCCGGCAACGACUACGUAUUUGCCGGUGUUGAGUAUGGCGGCGAGUGCUGGUGCGCAAACGAGAUGCACCAGCAGUCUCUUCUCGCACCCGAUGAAGAGUGCGGCAUGACCUGUAACGGUAACCGGACCGAGUACUGCGGUGGCUCCGAACGUCUCAACGUCUACGAACGGGUGUCAGAAGGCUCCGUCCCCGUCUCUCCUCCGUCCAGCAGUGACUGGCUGGCCAGCUCGAGCAUCCCCGUGCCGACUUCAGAAGCUGCUCCAACCAGCAGCGACUCGGUCAGCGAGACGACUUCGACGACGACCACCACCACGUCAUCGGAGGCCGCGACCCCCACGCAGCACAAGAGAGAGCGGGUCGGCAGCUGGGUAUUCGAGGGAUGCUACACCGAAGGCGACGGCAUCCGCGCCCUGACCACCCGCAUGUUCGCUGACGACGACAUGACCCUGGAGGCCUGCGCCGAAUUCUGCCAGGGCACCUUGUACUUCGGCGCCGAGUACGGUCGCGAGUGUUACUGCGGCGACACCCUCAACGGCGGCAGCUCCCUGGCCGAAAACCAGGACGACUGCCACUUCCCGUGCGCUGGCGACGCCACCCAGUUCUGCGGCGCCGGGAACCGGCUUGAGCUGUACCGCCUUGACAGCGCUGAGAGUAGCACGACUGCCGCUGCGUCGGUCGAGCCUAGCAGCACUACUGAGUCGCAAAACCCGGCGGUGACGGACGGUCCCGCGGCGUCGAGCGACGUUGCAGUGUCGAGUGCUCCCGCAACAUCAAGUUCUUCUUCUCUCGUGUCGAGUGCCCCCGUGACGUCAAGCGCUCCUGCGGUGCCAAGCUCCCCUGCGGUGUCGAGCGCCCCUUCAGUAUCGAGUGCUCCCGCCUCGUCAAGCGCUCCCCCAUCACCGACCACCUCUUCCACCUCGACCGCGCCCGCAUCGCCGACCCCCCACCCAGGUAACGACGACUGGGUCUACCUCGGCUGCUACUCCGAGCCGGAUCCCGGCCGUCUCCUACCUCACCAGGUCCUCAACGACGGCGACGACAUGUCCAUCGACGUCUGUCUGGAAGAGUGCGACGGCUACAACUACGGCGGUGUCGAGUACGGCAGGGAGUGCUGGUGCGGCAACGAGCUGGGCCUCGCUGGCGACUCGCCAUCGGCCCGGCAGGGCGCGGAAGUGGACGAUGAGGAGUGCAGUUUCCUGUGCCCGGGCGACGCGUCUUCUUUCUGCGGAGCCGGGGUGCGGAUGAGUCUGUAUGUCCUGCGGUCGAUCGCCGAGAGUGAAGCGCCAUAAGGGGAUGAUGUAUGAUGGACGGGUGAGAUUCCUGGCCGACAGGAGGGUCGAUGUAUAUCUUUUAGUAUGUUUGCAUAUUUCGGGAAAUGGGUUCACCAAUUGUGUUAGUACGGAAGUGGUUUUCAUAUACAACUCCCAGCCCAUUAUGAUAGGGGCUUCGGCAUAUAGAGAAGUCAUUUACAUAGCCUACACCUAAUGACAGUUUUCUUUGGUUCAA